AUGGUCGUCCGUAUUCGCCUGGCCCGAUUUGGGAACAAGCACCAGCCAUUUUACAACAUUGUCGUUGCGCAGGCACGAAGUGCUCGUAACUCGAAGCCCUUGGAGGUCAUUGGCACUUACAACCCCGUCCCGCAACGCCCUACAAACCUCUCCGACGAGGAAGCCCGCAGCGCAAGACCAUACAAGGAAGUAUCACUUGAUCGCUCCCGAGCCAAGUAUUGGAUCGGUGUUGGAGCGCAGCCCAGUGAUGGUGUGUGGCGGUUACUGAGCCUGGCUGGCAUCGGCGAUGGCAGAACGAAGACACAGAACUAA